AUGGCCUCAGCCCGAGGGGCCAAGCAGUCUUCGCCCCGGGUGGGGACCACCCGCUACACAGAGACGUCCACGGUCUGCGUGGAGACUUCGUCUCACCGCGUGGAGACGUCGUCCCGGCGGGUGGAGACCUCCCAGCGCCGCAGCGAGGGGCCCUCCCUCUCCCCCUCGGGGAAGCGGCUCCCUCGCAUCCUCGAGGCGUCCUCCCGGCACGUGGAAUCCUCCUCGCAGCGCACGGAAACGACCUCCCGCCAAGUCAGGGCCUCGUCCCUGAGGGUGGAGACGUCUCUACACUGCUCGGAGAGCCCGGCACCGCGGGCCAAGCCGGCCGCCCGCCAGAACGAAAAAACGGCCCGAUGAGAUGCUGCUUCCCAAUGGCCACCAAGGGGCCAGGGCCCUCAGCCAGGACAGAAAGGCUUCCAGUUGCCAGCCAGCCAGCCAGCCAGCUGCCAGGUGGACCAAUCAUUUUCGGUUUCAUGGAAACAAACCAUAAAUCAAUGUAAGAAACAGCCAAGCCGCAGUUUCUGAACACAGCCAACGUUUAUUGACCGUCCUGCGUCUUGGACCAGCCUACUUUUGACCCAGUGAACUAUUUUCACUUGAAGCCAGCACAAAAGGUUUUCAGGCCCAGGAUGCUGUCUAAAUCGGGUUGAUGGACAAAGAGGCUGUUUGGGCCUCUGAGCCAGGUGAGUUUGGGAUCCACAGCCCUCAGAAGACCUUCACCCUUUAGGAACAGAGACCAAACUGAAAUCAUGACCUGUGGAAUGAUUCCAUGCCUGUUAAAAACUUGAGGGGCAAGGAACAGACUCAUAAAUUAUUAAUUGGCCUUUGUUUAUGUUUCAAAGUAAAUGGUUGUUUUCUUUAUGCUAAGUCUUUGUACCUGGCACCCCCAUCCAUACAGUUUUUUAAGGUAGGUUAGAUGUAGUUAAAAAUGACAGUAAACCCACCAGCAAGCAAAAAUAAUCUUAGAAGAGAAAGUGAGAGGAGGUCAUUGAAACCUGACCUGAGGUUUGAAGAAGAUGGAGAAGAGUCAUAUUUAUUGAGAACCUGCUCUGUGCCAGGCACUAGAUGUUCCUCCACUUACGAUGGGGUUACCUCCCAUUAAAACUAUUGUAAGUUGAAAAUAUGGUAAUUUGAAAAUGCACUUAAUACCCCUAACCUACUAAACAUCAUGGCUUAGCCUAGCCUACCUUAAACAUGCUCAGAACACCUAAAGUUGAACAAAAUCAUCUAACAGAAAGCCUGUUUUAUAAUAAAAUGUUGAAUAUCUCAUGUAA